CGUCGUCACCGUCAUGGUCGACGUCGUUCCUCUGUCGACGUUGGACGUCGCUCGUCGUUCGGCCUCCUGUCGAGAUUGGACGUGCGGGAUCCCGGAUCCCUCGAGCCCGAGCUCACAAAAUUCGUGUCGAUCAUAACGAGAGAAAAUUAAAAACAAAAUCAUAAACAUUAUAUUGAGUAUAAUAAUAAUAAUUUAAUUAUCACGCGAUUCAAGAUAUGUGAAAUUUAUAAGCGAUAUUAGAAGGGGGAAAAAAAAAAAGUGAAAAUUAAAACCAAAAAUUCUAUUAUCAUCAAAUGACAUUGACCACUUGUCAUCAUUCUUCAAGGUGUAAAUCUUGGCUCAAGUGAAAGGGCGACGACAGAGCUUAUUGGGAGAAGAAGAAAAAAAAACGAGAGAGAGAGAGAGAAAAAAAGAAAUGGUAGAAGUGAGGAAUAGAGAGGAGAAGAAGAAAAUUGGGUGGAAAAAAAAGUGAAAGGGCAAGAAAAAAGAAAAAAAAAGAGGACAAAAAAGUGGUUUUUUGGAACUCUUGAAAUUUUUGUGUGGCAAGGGUGUUCUUAUUGUGGAGGCUGGCGCCCUCCUUUAUUGCGGAGUGGGGCUGAAUGUCAGUGGAAUACAGUAUCAGUAGGCUGCUUUGCUGUCUAGGGCAAUUGGCGCUUGGUUCGUUUGUUGGAUGCGCGUACGUUGCGCCGAUAGUGUAUUUUCACUCGUGAUAUGACCAUCAGCUGUGAGGAGGCGGCUAGUAACCAACGUAGAGUGUGACAGGACGAGAACAACGAGGUGCCAAGGAAGAGGAGCUAUUUCCUGAUCCGGAAAUGCGCCUCAGGCAUGUGAAUGUAGCGAUCGUUGACGAAGACGAAGUAGCAGCUGAAGAAGAAGAAGAAGUAGUUGUGACGGGCCUCGGGCUGCAGCAACGCAAUGUUCGCGUACGGUUUCGAGAUAACGUAGUGGUUGGCAUGUAAUAUAUAAUAUGUCGAUGCGCGGCGCGCCCUACGUAGCUUCACGGUGAGAAUCUGGCGUGAGCGGUGCCGCGGUGGAUCGGGGAUCAUGGCGUCGGUCUCGGCCGAGACUCCAGCCAGCCAUGGACACAGCUUCAGUAAGAAAACCUUUCACAAGCCGACGUACUGCCAUAGCUGCACCGACAUGCUCUGGGGCCUCAUACAGCAGGGGUACAUCUGCGAAGUUUGCAACUUCGUGGUGCACGACCGCUGUCUCAAGGCCGUCGUCUCUCCCUGCUCCAGCAUCGCGGCAAGCCUGAUAAAAAACCCGGUUGCACACUGUUGGUCCGAACAGGUAACACAUAGAAGAAAAUUUUGUAACGUUUGUCGAAAAAGGCUCGAUGAUCAUUCGACGUCAAUACACUGUGAAAUUUGCGAGUACUUCGUUCACACAGAUUGUCAGGAUUUCGCGGUAGCAGAUUGUAAGGAGAAUGCAACGUAUUUACCUGGGAAGGAUUUGGUUUCAGUGAAGCAUACGCAUCACUGGCGCGAAGGCAAUCUUCCCACUAAUUCCAAAUGCGCCAUGUGUAAAAAGAGUUGUUUCUCCAUUGAGUGCCUCGCUGGAUUUCGUUGCGAAUGGUGUGGAAUGACGUCGCAUGCCGGUUGUCAUAAAAAUAUUCGUGAAGAAUGUACUUUCGGAAGUUUAGAGAAGAUCUAUUUGCCACCACAUGCGAUCAGUAUUCCACGAACCGAAGUACCAAUGGAGGCAAUCAUUGGAGUUCAAGUGAGACGAAAAGAAAACAUCACUCGUGAGUAUUCAUGUCAUAACAUCGGCGAGCAAUUCGAUUUUGCUGAGAGUGAACAAAUUGGGGCUGCAGGCCGCCUGGCCGAAGUUUUGAGACGCCUUUCACUAUUUUUGCCACGUAGCUGCCAUGGAAAUUGUCAUACUUCCCCUCCUUAUGUUCGAGCGCGAAGCAUAUCAGAGGAGUUUAGUAGCGGAGAUUCACGGUAUCGAGAUAAUGAUGAACCCGUUCAACAAGGAGCACACAGUCGUGAUCCUCGUGCACAGAAAGAGAAGGACGAAAAAGAAAGGGCAGACGAAGAAAUGAUAAAAGUUUACGAUGGAAAUAAUUCGUUCAGACGGAGAAUAUUUCGUGUGAUUAGCGUGCCUCGACAAGCGACAACGGAGCAAAUUCUUACAUCUGCGCUUCGAGCGUUUCACAUCAAAAAAGAUCCGAAUCAUUUUUACCUAACCGAUCUGUACGCCACUGAAGAAGUUCCAUUAUCUGACCCUUCGCCACUUCAAAAUUUAAAUCGCAGAGAGGGCAAACGUCCGGCUGUCUUUCUACGAUUUAAGGAUAGCGACAGUGGCGAAGUGAGGGUCUAUCCAGGGAAACUUCAAGUUUCUGAAUCCUUUUGUAUAGUUCCGGUCACUGAAACGACAACUAUAUCCGAUCUCAUUCGAGAGGCGCUUCUUCGUUUCGGCUUGCAGGAUUUUAUGUACGAGGAUUAUCGAUGUAGUGAAGUUCUUCUCGAUCGCGGAGUUACAGAACGGGUACUCUCGUGGGACGAAAAACCUUGGGAAAUUGUGAAGAUGCUGGGACAAGAUUCAAUUAGGCAAAUGGAAUUGAUGAGAUUUUAUCUGCAAUUAAAGCAGGACCCACACGGUCCUAAUCUUGCUUUGUUUGUUGGUAACCUACCGCCAAAUCUUUCUCAACGCAAUUAUGAAAAUAUGUUGACCGAAUUCUUAGGCAAAGAAAACAAAUUUUCAUCAAUCGGACCCAUAUAUUACGAAUACGGUUCGAUGGUCAUUAUAUACGAAGAUUCGAAUAAAGCGGUUAAGGCUCUCUAUAUGUUACGUGAAUCGAAAUACGAAGAUAAACACCUUUUAGUAAUGCUUUUACCCAGUAUCGAGCCAAGAAUGGUACCAAGCCAUGUCCAGCCUUUACUAGUUUUUGUAAAUGUAAAGUCGGGUGGUUGUCAAGGGCUUGACUUGAUAUCGAGUUUUCGCAAGCUUUUGAAUCCCUAUCAAGUGUUCGAUUUGGAUAACGGUGGCCCACUGCCUGGAUUGUACGUGUUUCGCCAUAUAAAAUAUUACAAGAUCCUGGUUUGCGGAGGAGAUGGAACAAUAGGCUGGGUGUUACAGUGUUUGGAUAAUGUUGGUCAGGAUAGUGAAUGUUCAUCUCCUGCGUGUGCAAUAGUUCCUCUAGGUACGGGAAACGACCUCGCCCGCGUUUUAAGGUGGGGUUCCGGUUACACUGGUGCUGAAGAUCCCCUUAAUUUAUUAAAAGACGUGAUCGAAGCAGAGGAAAUAAGAUUGGACAGGUGGACCGUUGUUUUUCAUCCCGAAGAAAAAGAAGACGCUGCAGUGGCAGGUUCGACAAGUGAAGACAACUCGCAAAUUCUUGUGAUGAACAAUUACUUUGGAAUUGGUAUCGAUGCGGAUCUUUGUUUAGAUUUUCAUAAUGCAAGGGAGGAAAAUCCAAAUAAAUUCAACAGUAGAUUGCACAAUAAGGGAGUUUAUGUGAAAAUGGGUUUGAGAAAAAUGGUCGGACGAAAGCCAUGCAAGGAUCUUCACAAGGAAAUUCGAUUAGAGGUCGAUGGAAAAUUGGUGGAAUUGCCUCAAGUCGAAGGGAUUAUUAUUCUUAAUAUUUUAAGUUGGGGCUCCGGUGCGAAUCCUUGGGGACCUGACAAGGAAGAUCAGUUCAACAAGCCGAAUCACUGGGACGGGAUGCUGGAGGUUGUUGGGGUCACGGGAGUUGUUCAUCUAGGUCAAAUUCAAUCUGGCCUUCGCACUGCAAUGAGGAUAGCUCAAGGUGGUCACAUAAAGAUUCAUCUGCACACGGACACUCCUGUACAAGUGGACGGUGAACCUUGGGUCCAGAGUCCUGGAGAUGUUGUGGUCUUAAAAUCCGCAUUGAAGGCGACGAUGCUGAAGAAGCGGAAGAGUAAAGUCAAGAGGCGGAAUACUGAGUCGGGAAUGCAGUCAUCACUUCAGCCAGCACCAUCCAACGAUCCCGAUUCCGAAGUCUUCUGAAUCAUGCGCCAUUUUCUCUCCAACCCUUCACAAAAUGGAUCAUAUGUCAUCAUAUAUAUUGAAAACCGCAAAAAAACAAUUAAAAAAAAAAAAAAGCGCUAUCGUUUUCUUCAACGCUCGCAAGAAAUCUACGAACUCGUCGAUGACUUUUUAAUCGGCCUCGCAAGUGUCGAUUGAUAAAUUUUGUGAACUUACUCUUUAAGUACUUAAAUAUUAUUACAACGCAGCGAUGUUAUAACUUAUUAUACAUAAUUAUUAUAUACACUCGAAACACGAAGCCGAAGGAAUUCAAACAAGACGAGAAUUGAUAAUCGUGCGCCUUUUUCGUUUCAUUUGAAUUCGUAUAAUAUAUUAUAUAUAUAUAUAUAUAUAUCGUUAGAUAAAUGAAAUAGAUCAAAAUGUUCAUCAUUUUACAAGCACCUGUGAAUAGUGAAGCGAGCGAUAUUAUUUUUUUUCUUUUUUUCUUAAACUCUCCAAAAUUUAUUAUAAUUAUUAUUAUAGACAUCGACGAAUUAAUUUAAAAAAAAAAAAAAACCAGACUCAGUAUUGAGAUGUGGAAUUUUGUUCACUUGCAUUUUCCGUUUCUAGUUUGUUACUUCGGAGAAAGAAGAGAAGCGAACAAAGUAAACUGUAAUGUAUAUUACGUUUCGUAUGGUAUUUUACCAAUUUACAGGAUUAUCAUGAUACGAUUUGCGCGUAUCAAGAUGUAAAACAUAAAAAAAAAAAACAAAAAAACAAAAAAAAAAAAUAAUAAUGAAAAGUCGAUUGUUAUUAAUACAUUAUUAUAUGAAAUAUUUAUUAUUAAAUAUAUAUUAAUAUAUUAUAUAUAUAUUUAAAUAAUAUUGUAUUAGUAUUACAGUUUUACAAUCUUUUUUUUUCUCUCUUUUUGUUCUUUUUUUAAAAAACGAUCGUUGUCGAAUCUGACUGCCGGGCAGUCUGGAAACUUGAAAAAAAAAGUACACCAGUCGCAGUCAGAAUUUCCUAGGAAAGAAUAAUAAUACUAAUAAUAAUAAUAAUAAUUAAUAACGAAAAGAAAAUUAAUUAAUUAAAUUAAUAAAAAAAAAAUAAAUAAAUAAAUAAAAGCGAUUAAUGUAAUUACGAGUAUAGGGGUCGAAGUCGCUGUUGCCGAAUUGUUUCUCGAUCACAACGAUUAAUUAGGUGACGUGGAAACUUCUUGGGGACGCGACACCCUGACAUCUGGCUCUGAUGAAUUUCAAAACCGCACACGGUGAAAUUCCUCCGAGCCAUUAUGGUAUAGGAUACAUUCCAAUUGGAACGUGCUCGACGAGAAGAGUAUGUACAUUUAUAAAAAAAAAAAACAAAAAAAAAAAAAAACCUACAAUGCCAAAGAAUUUUAAUGCGCAAACUCAAUUUCGGCCGUUCCGACUCGUCGAAAAAAAAACAAGCGAUUAAAAAAAAAAUUGGAUUCGAAAAUAACAAAAUUAUCAAAUAAAUAAAACUCCAUCAAGCUUUUGUAACACAGAGAUAUCGUUUUGAGGAUUAGGAUUUUCUUUUUUCUAUAUAGAAUCUUUAUAAAUAUAUAGGAAACAUUGAUUCGGCUCGCAGAGAAAGUUCCGGUGCCAAACAGAUGUGUAAAUAAUAAUAAUAUAAUAAUAAUAAUAAUAAUAAUAAUAUAAUGAUAAUAUUAAUAAUUAUAUAAAUUGUCGAAUGUAAUUUCAGGGCGAACCAAAUAAAUGGCAAAAUCUGAGAAAAUGUAAGCGAGCGAAUUUUUGCCGAAUUUAAUAAAAAAAAAAAAAAAAAACUUGUGAAAAAAGAAAAAUAUAGACAAUUGGUUAUCUCUGUGCUAUUCAAACUUGAUACGAGAUUCUACAAAAAAAAAAAAAAAAUGCCUUUGAUAUGUAAAGAUAGAAUCAAAGGAAUCUCGACAUACGGAAAAACUUAGUUUGUGUUUUAAAGCGCUUGUAGAACGCGCUCUCGCACUUAUAGACAACUAAUUAAAUCCCGUAGACUCUCCGCUGGAUGUCUUAAAAAAAAAACAAUAUUCAAUAUAUUUGAAAAGAAGAAAAAAAAAAAAAAAAAAAGAA